AUGAUAACAUCAACCGUUUUAAUGUGUACGCUUCUGUUGGCGAAGAACAUUUGGGGAGCAGAAGUGCCGCUGCAGCUGGAUGAUAACUACGUUAAUCGUGUUGUCGGUGGCCAGGAGGCCGCUGAAGGAUCUGUCCCAUAUCAGGUGUCUCUGCAGUUGAAAGGAUUUGGCCACAACUGUGGUGGAGCAAUCAUUUCGGAUCGAUGGAUUCUAACAGCCGGCCAUUGCGUUGAAUAUCAAUCAACGGAAAAGCUGACUGUUCUAGUCGGUACAAAUAGUCUCAAAGAAGGUGGACAACAAUACGCCAUUGACAAGUUCAUCACCCACAAGUAUCACGAUGUUCCGCAGUUCGCCAACGAUAUUGCCCUGGUUCGAUUGAAGGAAAAAUUGCAGUUUUCGGAAACGGUUCAGCCAAUCCAAUACUGGGAAAAGGAAGUCGACGAAGGAAGGGAGGUCACUUUGACCGGAUGGGGACGAACCUCAGCCGGAGGACCAAUUCCGACGAAACUUCAGACCAUUCAGCUGAAAACUCUUUCCAACGAUCAGUGCUCAAACUUAUCCGUUGGCUCCAACGUUGAUAUCGGGCACAUUUGUACGCUUACUCAUACGGGUGAAGGCGCUUGUAAUGGUGACUCCGGUGGUCCACUGACGCUGGACGGAAAACUGAUUGGGCUGGUCAAUUUCGGUGUUCCCUGUGCCAAAGGUUAUCCGGAUGCUUACGCACGAGUUUCAUACUACCACGAAUGGAUUCGGACAAAUAUUGCGGAAAAUCCAUAG